UCAUUGUAAACCAGUCUGACUUCGGUCCACUAUUGGAUGUCCUGUCUGUCACAUGUAGCAGAAUGGACGUGAUUAGCAAACGUUAGUUAAAUUGUCGGCUAAGGGCACAACAGACAGCACAUUUAUCAGCCUAAUACUUCCUUAGCAGUGACUUCAGGACUGUGUCAGACUUUGGAUGGAGUCAGCACCCAAGUCUUCAUUGUUUUGUGUAGUCACAGCAAGGGACCUCAGGGUUCGGGAUUCAGGCCAUCCUGCACAUCAGCAAGAGAAGAAUGGUCAAGUAUUUCUGUAAUAACGCAGACAUCAGGAGCACGUGGGACCAUGUUGUCUCUGCUUUCUGGCAGAGGUACCCUAACCCAUUCAGCACCCAUGUUCUCACAGAGGACGUUGUGUACCGGGAGGUGACUGCAGACCACCAGCUCCUCUCCAGACGCCUCCUUACGAAGACCAAUCGGCUGCCUCGCUGGGCGGAGCGGUUCUUCCCCACCGGCAUGUCUCGCUCUGUGUACAUCAUCGAGGACUCUAUCGUGGACCCUGUCAGCAGAAGCCUGACCACCUACACCUGGAACCUCAACCACACAACUCUUAUGUCAGUUGAAGAACGAUGCAUUUUCCAAGACUCAUUGGAGCAGCCAGCCACUACCCUGAUUAAACGGGAGGCGUGGAUAUCCUCAGGCAUCUAUGGCUUCUCCAGACCUAUUCAGGAGUUUGGAUUGGCCCGGUUCAAGAGCAACCAGGUGAAGGCCAUGAAAGGACUGGAAUAUGCACUGUCCAACUUACAGGGAGAGACGCCCCAGCGGCUGCUCAGGGACACAGUGAAGGACGCGUCGGGGAAGGCCAAAGAAGCGGCCAAGAACCUGGCUUCAGCUGCUGCUGCCCCACAGAAACCCCAGCAGUUCAUCUGACAGGACUGUGUGUGAAGUACCGUACAGGUGACAUGACCUCAACACACAAUGCCUUUAGAUCAUCCCGAUCAUCUCAGCCAGACUGAUGUUUUGCUGGGAUCUCGCUGAUCGCUGUUUUUUCUCUGCACUAUUUUUUUUCUAUCGCGUGAACCGACGGAAAUAAAAGCUCUUAGACCGACUUUUAUUUUUCUCUGUCUCUCUCUCUCUCGCUCUCUCUGCUCUCCCUUCUCUGUUUCUCUCAGCUUUCAUUACAUCUCAGGUCUUGUCAGCUCUUGAGCGUUUGUAUGAAACGUAUUGCCUUUGUGUGAACUUUCAGACCAGCAGCACUUUUUAAUGCUUUAAGUACAUCGGUGUAAAUGCAAAUUUAGGCCAAUGUUUUGAGGUCACUUAUUUAAUAUUUUACUCCACUGUAGAAGACUGUUGAAUAAUUACAUAUUAAUAAGUAGUAUGUAUGCUUAUCUUUUCAUGUAAAAACUGUUCAUACAGUUUGACAGUUCAAGUAACAUUAUUAUGCUUUAGGUAUCGGUCGAGCCUAAAGUUCACAUUAGACCAAAUAAUGCUGUGGGACUGCAUAGUUUUAAUUUUGCUGAAGCAAGAAAGGCCUAAGAGGAUAAUUUAUUGGUUUAAUGUGCAUGUAUUUAAACAGUUAACCGUUUUGUAGAAUGGUUCCUUUCCUCAUGAUUUCUCUCUUAUUUGACAUUUUCUAGAUUUGCAACUGUAGUAAAUGUCACACUUUCAAACAUAGCGCACAGUAUGUGUUACUAUAGUCAGCACAGAAUGUAUUCUGUGAUACUACACACAUAAAUAGAAAGUUUUGUGCAAGUGCUGCUGGUUAGUCACUGCCAGCACAGCGUGUACCAGAAUGCUGACAAUCACAAGAUACCAAAGUGACUUAAUAUAAUACAAUAUAAUAAAAAGAAAAGACAGAAUGAGCAGUUUUCAUAUCCUCAUGCUCAGGUUCAUUGUGCAAUGUUAUGAUUAGCCUUUAACUGUGUUGAAUGGAAGCUGAACUAGUGAUUAUGGUGCACAUUUCAAAGAUUGCAUUCCCAUUUUAGAUGGACAUGACUGGAUUUUUCUGCUGCAAGACUUGAAUUCUAGUUCAGAAAUACUUCAUGUGAUGUAUUUUGAAGAAUUAUUUAGCAAUAAGUAUUUGUAAUAUUGGGCUCAUGUAGAUUUAUUUUAACCAGGUAGUAAGCUGUCCAAAAAUAUGUAAAAACAGAAUCCACUGGGAUUUCAGUUGAAGAUGUUUUGCAACACAUCCAAGACAUUUUCAACCAAGUCCAGUGUUGUUGUUGUUGUUGUUGUUUUUUUUUAAUUUGUCAAAUUGAGCUUUAUUUAAAUUUGAUAAAUUACUGUUUAAAUUUUG